AAGUUCGCAGCUGGGCAGGACUCCAAAGGUGCAGCAGCAGCAACAAACUGGAGUUCAAAGUUAGCAGUAAAUUGCACAACUUCCAGCUCAUCGCUACGCUCGGUGACUAUUAACAAGCUGGAAGGCGCUCAGGCAAAAAAAAAAUAGGGGAGAAGGGAACACCCUCGAAUUGUUUGGGGAUCGCUGAUGUUAUGCCGCUGGGAUCAUGGCUCCUUUUGGAAGGAAUUUAUUAAAAACGCGGCAUAAAAACAGAUCUCACAGCAAGGACAUGGCUUCAAAUGAAAGAGAGAUUGUGGUUUGGGUUUGCCAGGAGGAGAAGAUUGUAUGUGGCCUGACAAAGCGCACAACUUGCUCAGAAGUGGUUCAAGCGCUGCUUGAGGAACAUCAGACAACAUUUGGAGAGAAAAAGGUCCUUUUUGGAAAACCUAGUGAUUACUGCAUUGUAGAAAAAUGGAGAGGCUCAGAGCGAGUACUGCCUCCCUUGACAAAGAUUCUGAGACUUUGGAAGGCCUGGGGGGAAGAGCAGGCUAAUUUGCAUUUUGUAUUGGUAAAGUCAGAUGCUUUCCUCUCGUUUCCAUUGUGGAAGACAGCAGAAGCCAAGGUAGUACAAAACAUAGAGAAGCAGUGGGACCUCAGCCCAGCAAACUACAUGAAGAUGUUGCCAAUAGACAAGCAAAAGAAAAUUGUGAGGAAGACUUUCCGGAAGCUGGCCAAGCUGAAGCAGGACAGUGUUCAGCAAGAGAGAGAUAAUAUGGAGACUCUGAUUCAUCUGAUCAUUUCUCAAGAUCAUACGAUUCAUCAACAAGUCCUUAGAAUGAAGGAACUAGAUAUGGAAAUUGAAAAAUGUGAAGCAAAAUUCCAUCUAGAUCGUGUGGCGAAUGAUGGAGAAAAUUAUGUGCAGGACUCCUAUUUAAUGAUCAAUACAAGUGAGGCUGAGCAUCAAGGGAGUAGGCCAGAUGAUCAAAAAGAUAUUCAUGACUAUUUGAGCAAAAGUGAGGGAAUUUUACAGGUGGAAGAGAGACUGAAACAUCACAAACAAUUAAUAGAGAACCUGUGUGCUGAAAUUGAAAGAGAAGUACACGGUAUAUGCAUGGAAAAAAAUGGAGAGGAUGUUCACACAGAAGGAGCAGCUAAUGCUGAACUGGAAGCCUCAGAUUUGGAAAGUGUAAAAUAUGAGCUAGAAAAAAGCAUGAAAGAUGGUCUGAGAAUCAACUCAUACCUGAGCUGCAUCCAGAAAGAACUUACAUACAGGGACUCGCUUCUUCAAAAGAAGGAAAAAGAAUAUGAACUUCUUACAGAAGAAUUUAAUUUGCUACAUGUUAAAGACAACAUUGAAACUCGGCUUAAAUCAAAUGAAGAGCCAUCCAAGGGCAGUGUCAUUUCCAGUAACAGCAUUGCUGUUCCUGACUUUGUUCAUAGAGUGACUAAUCUGGACAUCAACGACACAGACUCUGACACUGGAAUCAGCUCUACACACAGUCAGGACUCUGAAAUAGCUGCAGGGGACAUGGUACUGUUGUCAACAUAGUUGAAAACAGUAACACAUUUUUUUAAAUUUUAUUUUGGAGGAUAUUUAUAAGAAUUAGCAUACCUGUUGUCUUGGAAGUUAAGCUCUUCAAGGUAUUGAAGCUGUGGCACUGCUUCAGCAAAGUAAAGAGUGUCUAUUUAUGUCCUUAAAAGUAUACUUGUGCUAGAAUGCUGUGUGCUAGAACGGGCUAACUGGUAAAAGGUGCAAGGUUGUUGGCUUUGCUGCAUCAAGACUGUUUAGACUUUGUAAUGUUGAUACUCAGUGAAAUGGGAGCAUUCUGACUGCCUUGCACCAAAAGUUUGGAGGUUUCAUAUCCUUUGGUCUUUGGGUCUGCUCCUGCAUCUCCCUAACUUUUUAGGAAUGUGAAGUAGAGACGAAAGAAAGCUAGACCAAGAGCUUGAUUUUCUGCUCUGUUACAUUAGCUUUAUGCAGACGGAGUUUCCUUGCUAUGAAGCUGCUGUGAAAGAUUAUACAAUUGAGCAUUUAAUCUGCUAAAAAUAAUGUCUAUGAUAAUGUAGAACAGAAGAAAUAUAAUUGCAUUUAUGUCAUAUUUUUAAAUUUAGUUUAUAUAAUAUCAGGAUGAUAUUUUUAAAAACUCCUAAGUCCCAUUUUAAAAACUACCUUCCACACAUGGGUUUUUAUUUUUGAUUCUCUUUCAGCAGCUUUUAUCUGCUUUUAAGAUCCUUAAACCCCCUACUUAUCUGCUGUUACCCUGUAGUUGCCCUAGUGAUGUUUAAGUCCACAGAGUUCCUGCCAGCAGGCAUGUCAGAACUACUUAAAUCCUGCUUGUGCGAGACGCUGAAAUCCCAGGCUCACACCUAACCCUAGGGGCAUUUUCAGCAAGACUUUCUCCUACCUAUCUCACCAGCUGGAUCCAGUGUCUUAAACCUCCUGAAAUCACGGCUACCAAAAAAAGCAUAACAGAAGCAACAGGUAGGAACCAGACAUUUUAGUCUCUGGCUAGACACUCUUUCCCAAUAGCCAGCUAUCAACUAUUUUCAUAUAGCAAGUAGGUUUUCAAAUCCCAUCUCAUACUCAUACAUACUGCUCCAUUUGGAACAGGAACCUGUAAAUCCUACUUUCUCAGUGAGGACUUUGGAAUACAGCAAAAACUGAUCCACUUUAUAAAGUUAAAAAUUGGGCUCCAUGUAAAUUUAAAAAAAAAAAAAAUAACGAAAAAAGGAAUGCAAAGCAUGAGAAUUUUACAACUAUGUGGUUAUGUCAAUUGUUUUUUAUUUAGGAUGUAGUUUAUCUCAAAUCCUUCUCCAGCAUAUUGCUCUAAGCCCUAAACCAAGCUGCAGAAUUGAGAAUUGAGUUGUCAAACAAGACCUCUAACUCUGUGCUAGAGGAUCUGCUAAUAUAGAACACAUGCAUAAUUUCUGGGUUACCAUGUUCAUAUUUUGCAGGUCAAUCAGUUUAAUACUUCUGAUUAAAAGAAUUGAAUGGAAAACAAUUACAAUAUUUCUGAAUAAAGUUCAGUUCUGCAGAAUUCAAAGCAAUCCUGGAAUUAGCAGCCUACAGUGUAAACAAGUUCAAAGUACCUAGAAGGUGUAAAUAUAAAAUUGCUUCAGAUACAGUGCUUUCUUUUUCUAUAAUUUUCUUCUCCUAAGUGUCUGUCAGCCAUUUUCUAAAAUGGCCAAAGUACUAGGACUGA